GGUUGACCUCAAACUCUGCAGUUUGUUGCUCCCGCGCAAAAAAAUACAUUUCCCACAAUACAACGGUGUACCGAGCGCACAGUGACGUCACUACGCCAAGCCAAGCCAAGUUGAGGCAGCGAAGCCCCAACCAAAGCAGCCAUAUUGGUCACAGUCAAGUCGGCUUUUUUUGCACUUUUCCUCGGCGGCGUUCCCCCCUGUAAAGAAAAAAAUCGCUAAAAACAAAAACCCGCGCCCGGCAUCCCACUGGAGAGCCCACCGAGCCCGGACGGCCUGCUGUGUCGGAGAAAAAUGAGUCCAACCGAUGCUAAGCGAGGGGCUAAACGCAGGAAGAAUAAGCGGGGCGGUGGCGGUAGCUGCAGUGCUGUCUGCAAUAGCGGCACGAGCAGCGGCGUUGUCGGCGGCAAGGCCGGGGUCGACUCGGCCAUCGGCUGCGCGGGAGCUCCUACACCUGCCGGCUUCCUCGCACCUUCCGCGGGUGGCAGCAUGGGCUCCGUGACGGGCAUCAACGGAGAGCUCAAAGUCAACAACGGUGUCACGCCGCAAUUCACAGAAGGACCGGUCAACGCUGAUUUCACCGGAGUCCUUCAGACCCCCUUCACGUUCGGCCUGAACCAGCGAGCCCCGUACACAGCCGGCGACCGCUGCCUCCUAUGCCGGUGCGAGCGCAGCAAAGACGGCCUGCGGCCUCCGGAAGCGGGCGUCCCUGACCAUCGGAACGGCGCACCAGAGGCGGGCCAGCCGCCCGCUGCCCUCCCGCUACCACUGUGGGUAUGCUCAGACUGCCGGCGCACCGUGGAGAAGGAGGACCGGCACACUACGUUGGAGCAGCUGGGGAGUCAGGACUUCCUUUUGCACAUGCCCGUGAGUAAUGGCACCCUGGGGCCGGACAUGGUAGCAGCGGCGGACAGGCUGAGCGCACCCACGCCACCCAUGCUCCCCGCCCCUGACCUCGCCACACCGAUGCCCGGUGACAUGGCGUGCAGCUGCGAGGCCUGCAACGAGAGGCGAGAGAUUUCGUCCGAGUCUGAGCGGGAGUCGCAGCAGCUGCAGAAACACUGGUCGGAGGUGCGCUACCUGGUGCGCUGUAUCUACCGGCAGGCCGGGACGCCGUUAGCGGACGACCGCGACCAGCCGCUGGAGAGAGACAAGGACAGCAUGAAGGAGCUGGUAGACAGACUCUGCGAGAAGGACCCCUACCAGCUGUACCAGCGUCUGGAGCAGCAGGCCCGCGAGUAUGUGCUGGAGAUGAAGGUGCGCCUCCUCAAGCACCUGUCGGCCGGUUCCAAGACGUCCCCAGGACCCGCAGAAGUGGGGACGGCGGCGGCAGUAUCGGCCGCCGCUCACGGUCCCCCACAGGCUUAUCAGUUUCUGUCCCUGCUGCUGGAGGAGUACAGUGCCCUCUGCCAGGCGGCGCGCACCAUCAGCGGCUUCCUGCUCACCCUGGAGAAUGAGCACCUCCAGAAGUUCCAUGUGACGUGGGAGCUGCACAACAAGCACCUUUUUGAGAACCUGGUGUUCUCAGAGCCCAUCUUGCACAGCAGCUUACCUGCACUCGUUGCACAGCUCAAACACGGCACCGCCUCGCAUGAUUCAUACAGCGAGGACAUGUACAGGACCUUGCUGGAGAGCUACCAGCGGCUAGAGCACGAGAUGGCGAACGUAGACGGCAAGUGGCAGGAGUGCGAGAAGAGGAUCGACGACUACGUAGACGAACAGUUACUGUUCAAAGUCGAGGGCCAGAGUUUUACCAACCAAAGAACAGAGCCGCACAAGUCGCCGCUCGGCAAAAAUACUUUAAAGACGAAGCAGCGAAUGCUCAAAGAAGACUGGGAGUUCUUCAAGCAGCGGCGAUACAUCGAAGAACAGUUACCUAACAAUAAGAAGCUGCCCUGCGGAGACAACUUCACAGACACCAUGAGAAUGCUCUCGUCGCGUCUGAGUAUUCCCGACUGUCCUAACUGCAAUUAUCGAAGAAGGUGCACGUGCGAUGACUGCAGCCUCUCGCAUAUCCUAACAUGCGGCAUCAUGGACUCGCCCAUAUCAGAGGACCUGCCCAUCAAACUGCCCCUGCAGGGUGAAGCCGCCCCUCAGGACUACCUGGCCCAGGUACACCGACCCAGCCUGUCCUCGGGCAGCUCAGCGUCGGGCUCCAACUCCAGCUCCCCCAUCACCGUCCAGCGGCAUUCCCGACUCGUCCUGCCCGCCGGGGACGGCAACACUUUUGUCAGUGAUGACGAUGAAGUGCCUCCAAUGUCCGCCAAGUUCGGGGACAUGUACCCAGUGAGCGGUUACCAGGACAACGGUGUGACGACGGUCAACGGACACCGUAAUGACGUGAACAGCAGUGGCGGCUUCAACACGGCACAAAACGCAGUGUCGCCUCCCAGCAGCAGUAGCUCGUCUGAGGGCGACAUAGAGGAAGGAAGGCGGCAACAGGAGACGAACAGUCCUCCUCCGUCUUACAACCACCAGCAGCAGGUAGAGCAGGUCCAGCAUGCGUGCGAGUGCCACGUGUGUAACCAGGACACAACUUCUGCCAACAUCCUGGGCCCAGUCGGGUGCCUUCCCCCUGGGCGACUCCACUCGGCGCCUCCACCCGCUGCCGUGGGCCACCAGUUCUUCACUGACAACAGCAAAACGACGACCAGCCCCGCCCUCCACCUCUACCCGCACAUCCACGGACACCUACCACUGCACAACUUCUCCAGGCCGCUGCUGCACCCCACCCUCUACCCGCCUAGUCCUCCCCUCAUGCACAACAAGCCUCUGCCUCCCAACCCCGCGACCAACCAUUCGGCAGCCACGCAGCCGGCCUUCAGCCCCACGCUACCUGAGCACGUGUACCAAAACAGCUUCGGCGGCGUUGGUGGUGCUGGUGGUGGAGGUGGAGGUGGAGCAGGUGACUGGAACAACUCACUGCAGUGCCUCUCGCUCAACUUUGAGAGUCUGUGGGAUGCCGCCGUUAUGAAGAGCUUGGAUCAAUCAAUCAGUCAAGUGCUGCUGCCAGAGUUGCUGCAAGAUGAAAUCCUGGACCCUCCCCUCGCCGACGUCCCUCUCCCGCCAACACCUGCUGGCCCCCAAGCGGACCACCCCCACCACCCCCAGCUGACCGCCGCCACUGCUUCCCACCCUUCCUCGUCGUCAUCUUCGUCCCUGUCCUCAUGUUCGUCGUCGGAGGCUCGCGAGCAGAAGAAGAGCGGCGCCAAGAAGAAGUGUCUGUACAACUUCCAAGAUGCCUUCAUGGAGACCAACCGGGUGGCAAUGGCGACGUCGGCGUCCAUGGCGUCCGUGUCAUGCACCGCCACCACUGUCCAGUCAAGUAAUAACCUACCUAUCCACCUAUCAUCUAAAACCUCUUUAGAUGACGUAUUUCACAGUUUGGGUAAAGAGGACCACCGGCAAGCCUCCUCAGCCGCCCCCCGAAACAACCCCACCUCACUCGGUCCCCUCCCACCGCUCUCCGGUCCUUCCCUUCCGCCAGCCCCAGCCACCCACAUCCCUGCCAUAGUGCCGCAGUCGUUCCCCAAAAUGGCCGCCCCAGCGCCGGACUUAGGGGAGGUCCACCCCGGUCUGUGCCUCCCGCCGGCCGAACCAGCCAUCUCCUCAGUGGACGGUCCACUCAGCGCCCCGCCCAGCGUCUGCAGUGAUCCCGACUGUGAGGGGCACCGCUGCGAGGGGAACAGGUCUUACGAGCACCCGCCCUACGACGGUGAGGAGAGCCAGGAUGAGGACAGCUGCUCGGAACACAGCUCUUCCACCUCCACCUCCACCAACCAGAAGGAAGGAAAGUACUGUGACUGCUGCUACUGCGAGUUCUUCGGACACGGCGGGCCUCCGGCGGCGCCAACCAGCCGCAACUACGCUGAAAUGCGCGAGAAGCUGCGUCUGCGCCUGACCAAGCGCAAAGAGGAGCAGCCCAAGCGGGAGGAGCAGCAGCUGAUGCCUGAACGCGAAGGCACAGGUAGCGGCGGCGGCGGCGGUGGCGGCAGCAGCAGCAGCGGCGUUGAGGACCACCGGCGGGUGGAGGACCUGCUGCAGUUCAUCAACAGCGCAGACAGCAAGCCAGUAUCCAGCUCCAAAGCGGCCAAGCGGGCUCGCCACAAACAGAAGAAGAUGGAGGAGAAGGCCCGCCAGGAGGCUGAGGCACAGCAGGAGGAGCAGCGGAGGCGGCAGGAGGAGGAAGAGGCGGCGCUCCAACGCGAGCUUCUCCGGCUGCAGGAGCUCCAGCAGCGACACUUAGCCGCCAAAAAGAAGAGGAAGGACAAAGCCAAGGAGAACACGGCGCCAACACCAAACAACAACAACAACCCGCAACCCCUCAAGCAGACGGCCCAGAACGUGCUGGACCACCUGCGCAACGGCAAGUCGCAGCUCCUCCAGAACCUCAUCUGCCCCAAAGACCUCCGGCCGGAACCCCGACCCAACGGCGAGCGGGGCUUCUCUCACCUCCACAACCGCAAUGCCGACGUCAAAAUCAAAGCCAAGUCCGCGGCCAAGCUCAUCAGCUGCACUCACACUCCCGUCAAGAAAGAUGCAGAAGUGCCCACGAACGGCGGCGGCAACCCCGCAGAGACCAAAGCAACACGUACCAGGCCCGUCGAGGCGCCCGCCCCUCCCUCGGCACCCAGGAACAACAACAGGAGCGCCAGUGGGAAAAGGCAGCUGAAGGAAGACCACCGGCAAAGCCCGCCCGUGUCCAACCCCUUUCCCUCACCACCUCCUCAUCUUCACCCUCAUCUUCCUCCUCCCUCCCAGUCAGAACACACAGAGCAGAACGGUAAACCCCCCAGCGCAGAGUCCCCCCAGCCCAAAGGCAAAGCCAAGAAGAACAAGAAGAAGAAGGGGGACAAGAUGAACACCUCCAUAGACGAUGUGUUCCUGCCCAAAGACAUAGAUCUGGACAGCACUGAGAUGGAUGAGACGGAGCGAGAGGUGGAGUAUUUCAAAAGGUUCUGUUUGGAUUCUGCCAGACAGACGCGCCAGCGGCUGUCAAUCAACUGGUCCAACUUUAGCUUGAAAAAGGCCACCUACGCAGCACACUGAGUCCAGUCCAUCCCAAAAAACCAGCCCACCACGCAUUCCCCUUUAUACCUCCUCGCCACCAAUCUACCUUUUACCCCGACUUUCUCUCCUGACGCUGCCUUGCUUUUUCCUUCUACACCCCCCCAAAUCUCCACCCCCCCCCCCCCCCAUGUUGGCCCCCCCCUGCUCCUCGAUGGACCUGCUGAACUUGGAAGAAAAACAAAAUCAAGAAAAUUUUAUUUUUCUCUUUUUUUCCCCCUACUUCGCGUGCUUGUGUGCUGUUCGUCAGCCAUUUUCUCUGACUGAACAAGCCAUGGUCUGAAAUAAUUACAAAAUAAUGGAAGAAAGAUAAUUAUUAUUGUUAAUUAAAAAGCUGUAUUUGACAUAUUGUGGCUUAUUAUCACGUCGUUCCGCCCCUCCCCUAAGUAAAGCGUUUCAAAAGGGGCUUUGGUCAGCUGCUGUCCACUCCCUUCACACCCCUCCUCUCAGAAUACUUGACAAUUUUGUUUUCCUUUAUAGAUUCUAUUUUAAAAAAGUGAGUAAAAAAUGUUUUCAGAUGCAUUUUUUUUCCUGUUUUUUUUGUUUUUAUUAUUUUUUUUAUUAUUUUGCGUAGCCAGCUUGUAUGCGCGUGCGAGAAAAAAGAGCUCGCCAUCAAAUUGGUCAGAGUGUCGAUUGUAUUAACACUGAAAAAGCUACUGGCUACUUUUUUUUUAACAUAUUGUUAAGUAAUAUUGAAUCAUGUCUUUCUUUUUGAAAGAUGGAAUACACUAUAGUAUGGCAGGGUGUCGUUUCUUGUCUUAUUUCCUGACAUUUGCGUUUACAGUUGGUGGGGGAAAAGUAGCUUCUUUGAACGAAACUACAGUUAGCGGCUAGUUAGCUUAGCUUCACAACAGCCUGAGUUUUUUUAGGAGUACUACAGCAUCUAUGUGCUUUUUUUUAUACAAAUGUGUGUAUGUCAUAAGCGUUAAACUAUUCUUUGCGGCUAAUUAGCGUAGCAGUAGCCCAAACUGUUAUUUUUGCUGAAAUUCACAGAAGUCCUAGUUUUACUGAAGGAGCCAUGUUUCUUAACAUGUGCCUUUAGUAGACACAUUUGUGUGCAAAGAUAUCAUUUGUCUGGACAUUUCUGUACAUAGCACGAAGGUACUCCUAGUUGUUUUUUUGAAAGGUUGUUGACAAAUAUUUAUGUCCUGUAACUUAAUAGACACAUUUAUGUACAAAGUUGGCAUUUGUAGGCACAUUUGCGUACACAUUUAGCAUGAUACUGAGCCCAACUCUCAGCUUAAGUUCAACAACCCUAGUUUCAUAAAAGGAGCUGCAUUCCACCAUUAAAUGCUUUUGGUCAACA